AGCAGAGCUGUGGGCAGCGUGGGAUGUGCUGUCAAGGUGGCCUUGUCCACGCCGGAGCCAACAGACAUCUAUAUUUACACAAAAUGCGAACAAUAUUGAAACCAGUUUAAAACAAGUCGAACAAACUUAUUAAAAUGCUGUUUUUUUCGAAUUUUUUGUGACGAAAAUAGAGAAUUAAUUAUAUCUUUACAAUGUUUCUAGGUAUCGACACAUAGUUAAUGUCUCCGUCGCAGACCCAUCUUCCGCCUGUUUGGGUCUUGAUAUGAAUUUCGGUUGGAUCUUUGGCUAAGCAGAAAACGUGUAUUUUUGAUUAUCAUAUGCAUAAUUAGUGGAAUUUAAAAUCCUCUACGUCAGACGACCUGAACUUGGGCGUCUUAUCGCCGCGCGGCAAAAGCAGCAUAUAAAAAGAUGACAGAAGGUCCAUUUCGAUAUCAGUAAGUCUCUUCAAGUCUUCAAGAAAACACCAUGAAGUUCAUCAUUGCUUUCGCCUGCCUGCUGGCUGUGGCCUACGCCAACGAGGCUGCCAAUGUGCUCCGUAGUGAAGCGGAAGUCAACGUUGACAGCUUCAAGUAUGCUCUGGAGCUCGACAACUCCGUGAACGUCCACCAGCAAGGUGAGCAGCAAGGCGAGCAGUGGGUGGUUAAGGGCGACCAGGCCUGGACAUCCCCCGAGGGAGUGCCAGUCUCCAUCCAGUAUCUUGCCGACGAGAACGGAUACCAGGUGCUGGCUGCCAACCCCCCUCUGCCAACCCCUCCCCCAAUCCCAGAGGCCAUCCAGCGCGCCCUGCAAUGGAUCGCAGCCCACCCCUCUAAGGAAUAAGCAUUGUUUACCAAAAAUAAAAGCAGUUAAAAGUUAACUUCAGUUU